AUGAAAAUAUUAUGGAUCACAAUAAUAUUUCUGCACCAGCAUGUAUAUUCGCAAGAAGAUAUAGAAGUUCCGACAGAAAUAUGGAGAGAUCCCAACGAUCCAACUUCUGAUCACCGGCAAUCAUCCGGCAAAGGAUUGGUUUCAGUUCCAGCCCCUGUACAAAAAGAUUACAGAAUCAAAAUAUCCGGACACAGCAUGUCAGUUCUCUCUAAAUAUCUGAAUGACAAUGAAGCCGACUUUCCUGAAGACAGAGAAGCUGUACGAUCAGCUCUUUCAAAUAUUUUCACAGUUCAGCAAGCCGAGUCUGAUCCCACUUGGCAAGAUACACUCAUGUUCUUGCAGCCAUUCAUAUUUACCUUGAACCUUUUCAUUCUUCCUGCAGCUGCAAUCGUGGUACUUCGAUCAAUAGUCAGGCCUCGAAACUUUUGGAUUCUAGUUUUUUCAACAAUUCUUAUGGUUUCUAUGUACUCUGGCUACAGCAAAAAGUAUCAAGAAGCUGAAGCAGCAAAGUUUGCACAGUUCCAAAAAUCGUCACAGGAUCCAUGCGCACCAGAAGGAGUUUUGUCCAGAAUGUUAGAAAUUUUCACUUCGCCGUUUCAAUACAGACAGAAAUCGAAUUGUCUGAAAUACAUUGAAAGUCAAACAAUAUCGAUCUUUCACGAGAUAUCCAUCAUCGAAGUGUUUUCCGAGACCGUCUCCAGUGGAUUCUUUGCCUUCAUCUCAGGUUCAGCAAAACAUUUCAAUCGGUUUUUCCGAGAUCUCUAUGAUGGUGCUCCAUUAAUUGCUCAAAUUGUGAUGACAGCAUUCCUCCUUAUGAUGGUCGGCACAAUUCGAACACCAUUUUUUAGUUAUGAACCGGUUUUAUUCACAUUCUGCAGUUCCAGUAUUGGGAAGAUUGUUGGUUGGCUAGAAGGAGGAGAAACCGAACAUAGACCUUCUAUCCAGUUUCACGUGCCGGCAAAAGAGGUGAAAAGAUUAGAGCAGGGAAAAAAGAAAACAUCCGCAAUGAUAGAAUUUCCAAAAUCGGAGAAAGAAGACGCCUUGAGUGGAAAAGAAUGUGGGAAAAAGAAAAAGAGAGAGAAAGAAGAGCGGACGAAGAAGGAAGACGAUUCAGUGGCUGCGGAUUCACCGGUCGACGACGAUCUGAUUUUAAUAGAGGACUCGAGUGAAGACGAAGAAGAAUCCAAGUCACAUGAUAAGCUGACCAAUGCCUCUUCUCUAUCAGAAUUUAGCUUUUGA